GUCCAGUCACCAAUACCAUUAUAGAUGGAAAGACGUUCAGUGGACAGCCGGACACUACACCAGCAGCAACACCGUCCAUCUCAGGAUCCAGCUACCCAGUAUCCACUCCUUCCCAAUCAUUAACUUCGCUAGUAUCAAGUGGCUCCGCGUCGACGAGCUUGGUACCUUCAAUGGGAACUUCUUCAUCUCCCUCAAUGUCUAGUGUGUUCUACCCAAAUACCACAGCGCUCCAAAGCUCGACUAUUCAAUCGUCGAGCACCACAGUAGCAAUGACAACAUCUACCGUGUACUCAACAAAUAUAUACACAAUCACUUCUUGUGCCCCAACGAUCACCGACUGUCCAGCUAAGGUGGGCCAAGUGACAACCGAGCUUGUAUCUCUAUACACAACCGUUUGCCCUGUCGAGCAGGGAGAAGCCACGAGCGCUCAGGGGUCACCAACUUCGCCAAUAUUAUUGACCACAUCCACGGUCUAUACUACUAGCGUGUACACUGUGAGCUCUUGCGAAUCCGGCGCUAUCGACUGUUCUUCGAAUAUCGGAUCGGUCACCACGGAGCUGGUUCCAGCAUAUACCACUGUCUGUCCUGUCAAAGAUGAAGAGACUGCAUCGUCGUUGCCCGCCAACACUGAGCAGACGCAGACUAGAACUGUAUCGAUCACCUCUCUCGUGAUUGGGGAUUCGUCCACUCUGGCUAGAACCUCUCCAUCUUCUUUGGGAUGCCCCGCAAUAUGUGAAACCUGCAGCGGUGAUCACUGUCCCGAUUGUUGCAAGACAUCAUCUAGGUUCACGUCAUCGACGGACGUACCAAGUUACACGAUGAGUGAGAUUGAAAGCACGGUAGAAAUGAGCUUUUCUAGGUCAGUAAUAACUUCUGCUCUUUCCUAAUACGUCCCAUGCCGGAGAGUUCUUUGAAUAUAGAGAUACCCGUACUGAUGGAGAAGGCCCGCCAAUAGUACGGCUACGACGACCAUAUCUGUGACUACCACUCAGCAUGCCGAUGUGACGACUAUCACUUCAUCUGUCACACAAACCAACACGGUGUACGAGACAUCACCGCAGGGAUAUGUCGGAGACAAUGGCCAGUGCAUCUGCGAGCCUACAACCUCAACUGUGUAUGCUACGGUGACGGUUGCGGAGACCACAGUCACAAGCACCAAGACCGUAGAGCCGCCGUUCCCAAGUUCGUACGGCACGGGCACGGAUGGAGUGCUAUAUGGGACGGGUCAGCCGACGGGCAC